AUGGAAAUGAUGACUUUUCAUUACUUUUUCAGAAAGGGGCUCUUUGCUGGCAUGAAGCUGAAGAAGAAGAGAAAAGGUGAAAAAGGGUUAACCAUUGUAAACAAGGACGCACUGGGUGGUCAUGAUGGAAGUGAAAAUCUUCACCAUGAAACUCUCAGAAGACAAGAAGAGGGAGAGGAAGACCUGACGAUCAAUGAUGCAUCACCCAGUAUUUUUCCUCCUUUAAGCCCAAAAAGGAAAAGGGCAAAGUUGGUGCCCAGAAUCCAUGGAGAGGAGAUGAAAACCCAGAACUACCAGAUUGCCAUCACCAUCACCGAGGCCAGGCAGCUCAUAGGKGAGAACAUCGACCCUGUGGUGAUCAUAGAGAUCGGUGACGAGAAAAAGCAAACAACGGUAAAGGAAGGCACGAAUGCCCCUUUUUACAAUGAGUAUUUUGUAUUUGACUUCGUUGGGCCACAAGUCUUUCUGUUCGACAAAAUUAUCAACAUCUCUGUUAUGCAUAACAAACUGAUCGGAAGUGUGCUGAUAGGCUCCUUUAAAGUAGAUCUGGGGACAGUUUACAGCCAGCCAGGUCAUCAGUUUUGUGACAAGUGGGCUGUUCUCACAGACCCUGCUGACAUUAGGACAGGAACCAAGGGAUACUUGAAGUGUGACAUUUGUGUGAUUGGGAAAGGAGACACAAUACAAGCCACUCAGAAAACAACUGAUGCUGAGGAACAGAUUGAAAAGAACCUCUUGAUUCCCAAAGGAUUUCCCUCCGAAAGACCAUGGGCCAGAUUUUAUGUGCGAAUUUACAAAGCAGAAGGGCUUCCGAAGAUGAACUCUAGCAUCAUGGCCAAUGUCACCAAAGCAUUCAUAGGCGACAGUAAGGACCUUGUGGACCCCUAUGUGGUGGUCAUGUUUGCAGGUCAAAUGGGUCGGACAACAGUGCAGAAAAACUGUGCAGAUCCUGUGUGGCAUGAACAGAUUGUCUUCAAGGAAAUGUUCCCUCCACUCUGCCGAAGAGUCAAAAUYCAGGUCUGGGAUGAAGGCAGCAUGAAUGAUGUGGCCUUAGCCACCCACUUCAUUGACCUGAAGAAAAUAUCAAAUGAGCAAGAUGGUGACAAAGGUUUCUUGCCUACUUUUGGGCCUGCCUGGAUCAAUCUCUACGGUUCACCUAGGAAUCACAGUCUCAUGGAUGACCACCAGGAACUUAAUGAAGGCUUUGGAGAAGGGGUUUCCUUCAGAGGACGUCUUCUCAUUGAGAUUGCUGUGGAGAUACUUUCCGGAGGAGCCCGGGAGUCAAAGUUUGCAAAGAUAGUCAAAGAUAUCAAAUUGCCAUCCAAAGACAAAGACUCCAAAGCAGUUAAAGGAAAAGACAAAACUGACAAAGCAGGAGAGGAUGGAAAGUCAGCUUCUCCUUCAGCUAAGACAAACUCAACUGAAGUAGAAGUCGAGCCUUUCGAUGUGCCUUCAGAGAUCUGUGAAGAGAAGCUUGAGGAAUUUCUCCUCUUUGGGACAUUCUUUGAAGCCACAAUGAUUGAUAGGAAGGUUGGGGACAAGCCAAUAAUCUUUGAGGUUUCUGUCGGCAACUUUGGAAAUAUUACCGAGGGAACAGGAGCUGGAGGGAAAAAGAAGGCACGUGAUGACAGAGAAGGGGAAGAAAGUGCCCCUCUGCUCCAUGACGGGGAGGAUGACCUUGGAGUGUCCCUCAUAUCCACCACACAUCCUGAGAAACCACUGGUCACAGAUGGGAACAGGAACUAUCAGUACCUGCCUUAUGAUGAGCGCAAGCCCUGUGUCUGUGUCAAGAGCUACUGGGGAGACCAGACCUUUCGCUUGUAUGCUUCCAACACUCUGGAGAAAAUGGCAGAUCACUUGGAAGAGUCAUUAGAACAAGUAGAAGACUUGAUCAAAGUUUCAGAGUUUGCUCCUGAGGAGAAAAUGAGGAAGACCAUAAGUGAUUUUAUUAAUCAAAGCAGGGCCUUCAUUAGCGAUGCUGAAAGGAAGCCCAAAGGGUCGAACUACACUGCUUUGGAUAAAAAGAGAUUCAUGCUGUUCAAGCAAGAGCUGGAAGCAAUGUCCAGUGAUGCCAAGGAGAUUGUUCAGCAGCAGAAAAAGAAGGUGUCACUAGAGGAAAUGAUGCGUGAGACUCAGACAUUUAUAGAUAAAAUUCGAUUCUUAGUUGAUGAGCCCCAGAACACAGUGCCCGACGUGUUCAUCUGGAUGCUCAGCAACAACAAAAGAGUCGCGUACGCAAGAGUCCCAGCAAAAACCAUCCUCUACUCCCCAGUGACGGAGCAAAGAGGCAAGGACUGCGGCAAGAUUAAAACCCAUUUCCUGAAACUGCCUGGCAAACGCCCACCAGGCUGGAAUGUGCAAGCGAAAGUAGACACUUACCUGUGGCUUGGACCUGCUAGAUAUGCCCAGAGCAUCAUGGAGAACUUGCCUGUGGGAUACCAGACAGAAACAUCAUCCAGCACCAGCCCAGGGCACAGCACGGUGCAUCCCCCUGCCUGCCUACUGUAUAAAACCCCGCACCUCUUCCAGCUGAGAGCCCACAUGUACCAGGCGCGGGGGCUCAUUGCCGCUGACAGCACUGGGCUCUCCGACCCCUUUGCAAAAGUCACUUUCACGUCACACUGCCAGACCACCAAGAUCAUUCCUCAGACGUUAUCCCCCACGUGGAACCAGAUGCUGCUCUUCAACAACGUUGUGCUUUAUGGGGACAGAGAAGAAAUCACUCAGUUCCCCCCUGAGAUUGUCAUAGAGCUAUAUGAUGACGAUGCAGUGGGCAAAGCAGAGUAUAUUGGAUCUACGGUGGCUGCCCCUGUGGUAAGGCUGGCUGAUCAGAAGUAUGAACCACCUAAACUUUCUUACCACCCCGUGUACUGUGGAAACCUUUCUGGGGGAGACCUACUUGCUACRUUUGAGCUUCUGGAGAUUCCUGAGUCAGAUCCAGACAGUCUUCCCCCAGUGGAUCCGCCUGAUGUUAGCCAGAUCUACCCAGUACCCGCUAACAUCCGACCUGUUUUGAGCAAAUACAGAGUGGAGGUUCUGUUUUGGGGCGUCCGAGAACUGAAGAAAGUCCAACUCCUCUCUGUAGAUCGACCCCAGGUUCUCAUUGAAUGUGCAGGGAAAGGGGUGAAAUCCUCUGUCAUCCAGAGCUAUAAGAAAAAUCCCAAUUUCAAUGUCCUUGCCGACUGGUUUGAAGUGGAACUGCCUGAAAAUGAGCUUUUGCACCCGCCACUGAGUAUCUGUGUAGUCGACUGGAGAGCGUUUGGGAGGAGUACCCUUGUUGGCACGCACACCAUAAACUACCUUAAGCAAUUCCUGUAUAAGGCCCAGCCGGGUCCACAAAACACAUCAGAUACACUAGAAAUGGUGGAAACCAACAAUGCUUCCCCUGAGUCCUCCCAGGCUAYUGAGUUAUCCCCAGCAGAAGCUCCUUCAGCUGAUCAUAUCUAUGUUGAAGUGGAGCAUGGUGAAUCUACAGUAGUGGAGCCAGAAGCAGAUCCUGCACCCCUUCCUGCUCCUCAACCACAACGCUCUGGCUCUCAGUCAAGGCAAGACAGAAAACAGAAGGACUUGAAAAAAUCCAUCCGACGGUCAACAAAGAAGAAAAAAAGAACAAUUGCAGAUGAAUCGGCUGAAAAUGUUAUUGACUGGUGGUCAAAAUACUAUGCUUCUGUGCUCAAAAUGCAAAAAGCAAAACGACUUUUUUCCAAUGAGGGAAAACCUGAGAACAAUAAGCAGAUUUCUGACCACAUUGCACUGAAUGUAGAAGAGGAACCCGACAAAAAGAAGAAAGAUAAGAUGGUCAGAAAGAAACUGAAGGAAGAAGCUCCCAGCCUUGCAACACUGAAGAUUUAUGAAGGAGACCUGGAGAGUGAAUUUAAUAACUUUGAAGAUUGGGUGAAAACUUUCCAUCUCUUAAGAGGAAAAUCUAAUGAUGAAGUUCAUGCUGAAUCUGAGGACAGAAUAAUAGGAAAAUUUAAGGGUUGUCUGUGCAUAUACCCAAGCCCUGAGGACUCCAGUGUGCUGGAGGGAGGGCAGCCCCGUGUUCUGCAAGGGAUACCACCAAACCACUCUGUGAAAGUCCUCAUCAGGGUGUACAUUGUGGCAGCAUUUAACCUCAGUCCUGCUGAUCCAGAUGGCAAGUCAGAUCCCUACAUUGUGCUGAGACUGGGCAAAACAGAAAUUAAAGACAGAGAAAACUAUAUCCCCAAGCAGCUAAACCCAGUAUUUGGAAGAUCAUUUGAAAUCCAGGCUACUUUCCCCAAGGAUUCCUUGCUCACAGUCCUGAUCUAUGACCAUGACUUGGUGGGAACAGAUGACCUCAUUGGAGAAACUAAAAUUGAUUUGGAAAAUCGUUUCUACAGUAGGCAUCGAGCAACCUGUGGGUUGCAAAGUCAAUAUGAAAUAGAAGGGUACAAUGCAUGGCGAGAUGCAACCAAGCCAAGCGAAAUCCUAACUAAGCUGUGUAAGGACUACAGAAUAAGCGGGCCCUUCAUGAGGCCUGGAGAGAUACAAGUAGGAACAAAAGUCUUCAAGGGACAGACGAUCUUCACUGAAGAUGAGAAUGAGGAGCCAGUUGAAUCAUAUGAACAUCUCUCCCUAAAGGUUUUACGUGCUUGGGAUGAAAUCCCUGGAGUUGGAUACAAGCUAGUUCCAGAGCACAUUGAGACUCGGCCCCUCUUUCAUAAAGAUAAACCAGGCAUGGAGCAGGGUCGCGUGCAGAUGUGGGUGGACAUGUUUCCUACAGAUAUGCCUCUGCCAGGACCUCCGGUGGACAUUUCACCAAGAAAACCAAAAGGAUAUGAACUGAGGGUAAUAAUCUGGAAUACAGAGGAUGUAAUUCUAGAAGAUGAAAAUAUCUUUACUGGGCAAAAAUCAAGUGAUAUCUAUGUAAAAGGGUGGAUAAAAGGCCUGGAAGAGGAUAAGCAGGAGACAGAUGUUCACUACAACUCUUUGACGGGAGAGGGGAACUUCAACUGGCGCUUUGUCUUCCCCUUCCACUAUCUCCCAGCUGAGAAACAAAUGGUGGUUAGUAAAAGAGAAAACAUAUUUUCCUUGGAAAAGACAGAGCGCAAAAUACCUGCUGAGCUGGUGCUUCAGGUCUGGGACUUUGAAAGACUUUCUUCAGAUGAUUUCUUGGGCACUCUUGAAAUGAACCUGAAUGGGUUCCCUCGAGCAGCCAAGACAGCCAAGAGCUGUGACCUAAACAUGGUUGUGGCAGUAAGUGAAGAAAACAAGAUCUCCAUAUUUCAGCAGAAGCGUGUCAGAGGCUGGUGGCCCUUCAUCAAGGCUGGGGAGCUCACGGGCAAGGUGGAAGCUGAAUUUCACCUGGUUACAGCAGAAGAAGCUGAGAAGAAUCCUGUAGGCAAAGCUCGAAAGGAGCCUGAGCCCUUGGAAAAACCCAACCGACCAGAUACAUCCUUCUCGUGGUUUGUCAACCCUUUCAAGUGUUUGUAUCAUCUGAUCUGGAGGAAUUACAAGAAGUACAUCAUUAUCGGCAUAGUUCUGCUGAUUCUCAUYAUCUUCUUGGUGCUCUUCAUCUACACACUGCCAGGAGCAAUCAGCCGUAGGAUAGUCGUAGGAUCAUCAUAG